CAACACUUCUCAUCCCCUUCCCCUUCAGCCAGCUUUAUAUUAGCUAUGGCUGAAAUCAAAUUUAUCAUUUUAUGGACUAUAUUCUGCUUUUUGGAUUGCUGUAAUGGUUCCUGUGAAGCAACAAACUCAAGUUCUUUACCAAAAUUCUCAGCGCUUCUCUUCUUCGGUGAUUCUUUACUGGAUACCGGCAAUAAUAACUAUAUCAAGACAGUGCUCAAUGCAAAUUAUGCUCCUUAUGGUCAAGACUAUCCUGGAAAUGUUCCAACAGGAAGAUUUUCAAAUGGGAAAUUGAUUCCUGACAUGUUAGGUUCCAUUCUUGCAAGCAAAGAAGCAGUUCCUCCAUAUCUGGACCCAAAAGUUUCAGACAGUGAUAUAGUUUCUGGUGUUAAUUUUGCAUCAGCUGGGUCUGGAUACGAUGAUUCAACAGCGUUGUUAACUAAUGUUAUUCCAUUUUCAAGGCAAAUUGAAUUGUUUAAGGAAUAUAUAGAAAGGCUUAAAGGUAUUAUUGGAGAAGUAAAAGCUAAGGAGAUAAUUAAUGGUUCUUUAGUGUUUAUAAGUUCAGGAACAAAUGAUUUAAUUCUUAACUAUUAUGACAUCCCUACAAGAAGGUUGGAAUUUACUGUAAGUGAUUAUCAAGAUUUUCUACUUGACAGGCUACAAAAAUUUGUUAAGGAGUUUUAUGAUCUUGGUUGUCGUUCAAUUGUUGUAUGUGGGAUUGUUCCAAUUGGUAGCUUACCUCUUCAAAUGGUGAUUGGAAGACUUGUGAGCCCAUUUAGUUUUGAGGAUCAGAACAGAGAUAUCCAACUUUACAAUCAAAAGCUUACCAAUUUAUUACCUCAACUACAAGCAACUCUUCCUGGGACCAAAUUUGUUUAUUAUGAUAUCUAUGAAACAGCAUUGGACCUCGUUAAUCAUCCCGAAAAAUAUGGUUUUACUGAAACAAAGAAAGCAUGCUGUGGAAAUAGGCCAGGCAACCUUCUGAUUCUGUGUGAUCCACUAACUCCACCAUGCGAAGAUGCUUCUAAAUUCCUUUUUUGGGAUACGAUUCAUCCAACUUUGACAGGUUACCAAUUCCUUUUUAAAGAUAUUGUAGAAAAUGUUCUUCCUCAAUUCUUGUAGAAUUAUAUAUUUAUUUAAGGAGAGAGAUCCCCAUUGUAAUAGCUUCA